AUGCCGGCUCUUUCCUUAGACUUCCAAGGUGCAUUUAUUCAUGAUAAACAAAUCCUUGAUGGUGUACUCAUCGCAAAUAAAUGUGUGGACAGUAGGUUAAAGUCUAAGAAACCAGGAAUUCUUUGCAAGAUUGAUAUGGAGAAAGCUUUCGAUAUUGUUAAUUGGAAUUUUCUGUUUAUUAUUUUACAAAGGCAUGAUUUUGGUGAAAAAUGGAUUUCGUGGAUCAGGUGGUGUGUUACUUCUUCUCAUCUGUCUAUCUUAGUGAAUGGUAGCUCCACGGAAAAAUUCAAGCCAACUAAAGGUUUGCGAGAAGGUGAUUCUUUAUCACCAUACUUAUUCUUACUAGUGGUGGAGAUUCUCUCUAAGUUGUUAAAUGAUGCAGUUGAAAGGGGACAGCUCUCAGGUUUUCAAGUGGUGGAAAACGGAUCUAUUAUUUCUCACCUUCAAUUAACAUAUGAUACAUUGGUAUUCAUCGAUGCCAGUGCUGAAGAAGUAAGGAGAUUACUUAUCAUUUUGGAAGUUUUUGAAACCUUAACAGGUCUGAAGCUCAAUUUUGAUAAAAGUACGAUGAUAAGCGUGGGUGCUGAUGAGGUAACUGAUAUAUUAGCAAGGGAGCUUGGAUGUAAAACUGAAAAAUUGUCGUUCACUUACCUCAGAAUGCCAAUUGGUUCACACUGGCGCAAUGUUUCUGUUUGGGAGCAUGUAUUGGUUAGAAUAGAACAGAGGCUGGCGACUUGGAAGAAAAUAAAAUUGAACAAAGCUGGUAGAUUGGUAUUUAUUAAGAGUGGUCUUGCGAGCUUACCAAUUUAUUACUUAUCCCUUUUUCAUCUUCCAGUAAGUGUGGAAAAGAAAAUGGUUAGAAUCAUGCGAAACUUUUUUUGGGGCUAUGUGGAAGGAAGACGAAAGAUGGUUUGGGUAGGAUGGUUGAAGAUAUGUAAACCUGAGGAGAGUAGAGGAUUGGGGGUGAAAAACUUAAGGAAUAAAAAUCGUUCGAUGCCUAUCAAGUGGAUUUGGAGAUUUGAAAGAAACAGAAAUUGUCUUUGGAGGAGGAUAGUGAAUCAAAAAUUCAAAAGAAAUAACGAUGUGUUAGUUCCUGACGUUGAUUCUCAACCUCAAUGCAGAAGUUUUUGA